AUGGCUAGUCAAAUAGAAAGACCGUUGUAUGCUGACCCAAUGACAGAGGAUAGAUCAAGAUUCAGUUAUGCUAGGGUGUGUGUUGAUGUCAAUGUCAGCUCAAAAUUUCCCAAGUUUAUUGAUAUAGAUCAGGGCUAUGAUGAAGCCACUGGUGAACGUCGUAUAUCUAGACUCCAGAUUGAAUAUCAGUGGAUUCCAUCGAUUUGUUCACAUUGUAAGGUUUUUGCUCACUCUGACUCCCAGUGCCCAAAGAAACCUAAACCAGACCCUAAUUAUAUUGAAAAGCCAAAGAGGGAGAUGGCUUCAUUAGAGUGCAAAGUAAGAAAGGCAAGACUCAAGAUAAGGGUAAGGAAGUAA